CUUUAUUAGCGUUGCUUACAGCUUCUAAUUUCCUUAUUUCUUAUUUGUAUUUUAUACUUUCCGUGUUAGUACUGCAAAUUCUAAAAUAUAUAUUUCAUGGUUUUAAAUCGCAAGAAAUAAGUUUUUAAAAUGAAGUUGAAGAAACUAAAAAGUGACACUGAGGAAUCAGUACCUGCAGUGCCUCCUCAGGCUGAGAUUAUCGAGGCUGACCUUUACAAGCGAUCCUAUUUUGGGCCUGAUGUUCCCACUCUGGAGCUGGAAUGUUGGGAGGAAGAGCUUUCUGAAGUCCAACUUAAGGCUUAUAAAAAUGCUGAUGAUGAAUACAAAAGCAUACAGUCGAAAUUGGAUGAAAUGGUGAAGGAUACUGGUGGUGAAAUUGUGUAUAACGGAGAUCAGUUUACUGCAUAUCAAUUGCUGGGGAAACAACCUGUGCUGAAAGAUUUGGAGAGACAGAGUGCGGAAAUCAUACGAUCUAGAUCUCGUUCUCUUUCUGUGGCCAAGGAAAAGCCCACAUCAAAAAGAGGACGUCCAAGAAAAGUCCGUGAGGAAGACCGUAAUUACUCACCUUCUCCAGAAAGGACUAAAUCUCCUGAGACUCGUCACAAAAAGAAAAAGAAGGACAAGAAUAGAGAAAAAGACAAGGAGAGAGACAAGGAAAGAGAUAAGGAUAAAGACAAAGAUAAGGAUAGCACAAAGACCAAGGAUAAAACAUUGGCACCAUCUAAUGUACACAGUGUGGUUACAAAUGUUCGGCCAUCUGAAGCCACAGCUAUUGGUGGCCUUUUAACUGGCAGUGCGACGAAAACCACGACAAUUGUUGACCUCACAAAAGAGGAAAGUAAUAAGAAUGUUGCCGACUCCCGUGAAGUAUCAUUCAACAAGUUACAAGGGAAAACAUUCCCAUCACUUGUGGUGGUUGCUCGUCCGUACCUACGGUCUAAGGAAACGGCGCCGCCGUCGGACCGGUCCGCACUGGACAGCAAAGUCAAAUCUGUACUAAUGCAUACACCCAUGAAGUUCACAGAGUGGCUCAUACAACAAGGAUUAGUGAGGUCGGAGCAAUGGUGUAUCAUACAUCCAGGGAAUAAGCUAAAGCUUGGAAUGUACUCGGACGUGACAAAGUUUCCCUACUCUGGUGGCUACGUUUGGAUAUCUGAGUGCUGCCCCACUCGGUUUGUCUCCGUAUUUUCCAGCUCUAUCUUCGAAGGCGCCACCUUCCCUCCUAGCGUCCUUCUAAAACUUAUCUACCACUGGGCGUGCCAGACAAAUGUACAGAAUGUAGUGCAGUGGGUGAAAGUUGACAAUUUGUAUGUCAAAGGCUUAUUCACAUGGUUAAGAGCUAUAUGCACAUCAGCUAUUCACCAACAUUUGAGUAUGCUGGGUGGUCCUGGGAAGAAAGUUGAGGUUGGUGUCAUAUCACUGGGGACAACCAGCCAUGAUGGUACACAGAGGCAGGUGAAGGUUGAAGUGCUGGGUGUGUUGGAUCCUGUUGAGAAAUUGAUUCGCUUGCGUGCGGUCGAGCCUUUAGCAGAGCACGAAAAGAACUACAAGAAGCGAUUCCAAAAGAUACUAGAACCUCUGAGUCUGUGGGUCCAUCCCUCCUCAGUGAUAUUAACAGACUUAACUGUAGACAAGAGCACACUUGUGUGUAUGGGCUUCAAAACCGUCCACCAAGCAUCUUCACAUUCUGACCAGCCAUCCAGGAACAGCAAUGCCAACAUUAUGGAGUAUUUGAGGCGCAUAGUACCCAGAAUGUUCCAGAACACACUUUCACUGUUGUCCAGGCAGAUUAUACAGCAGUUCUUGGACGAACUUGUUUGGAGAGAAAAGUAUGGUAUUUCACCUGGCCAGGCCUUCGAUAAUAUAGUCCUGCAUAUAUCGGAGCAAACGAAGCUGGAGGCUAAAGAUGCUAUCACUGUACGACUCAACAAGAUUGCUGCAAACCCAUUCAAAAAUUGGAAGUAUCCCAGCAAGAAAAACAAGGAUAAAGUCGAGGAACCCGAGCCAGAACUUGGUCGCAGUAAGCGCGGGCGAAGGAAGAAGGACCCUUCUCCAUUGCCGCCACCUAAGAAGAAGAAGAAAGAGAAAGCGCCUCCUGCCACUGCUACCACUUAUAUAGACGAUGAUGAUGAAGAAGAGGUACCAUUGGCCCUCCGCCGUACAAAAAUCAAGCAAGAACUGGAAAAGCCCAAAGAGAAAGAGAAGACCAAAGAAAAAGAGACUGAGAAUUUGCCAACACGUCGCCGUAAAGUGCCUAAAACGUACGUGGACGAUGACGGGGACCUCGACGAUAUUCCGCUGAAGAACAUCAAGAAGGAGAUCAAACCUGAAGAAACUGUGUCCAUGGAGAGGUACUAUUUUGGUCAGAUUGUGGACAACGAGCCUGUGGAAAAAGUUGCCAUUGCUGUUGAGUGCCCGAUUUGCCAUGUAGAAAUCACAGACAAUCUGAAGCUUAUGGAACAUAUCUUCACUCAUGUGGCGCCAGCUCCAGACGGUGGAGAUGGAGUCUAUUGCAACUACUGCGUGACAAGCUUCGCUAACGAAGAUGAUCUUCAAGCACAUCUGAAGGAGUACCACCCAGCUGACACCAAGUCACCAGGGAUAUUUACUUAUGCUUGCCUUAUUUGUGAGGUGCGGUUCGCGGCGGUGCUGACGCUGGCGGCGCACAUGCAGAAGGUGCACGCCCCGCUGGAGCUGCCGUACUGCUGCGGCGCGUGCCGCUACCGCGCCUCCGGACACCGCGCCGCCGCCGACCACUUCCGCGCCGCGCACGCCUCCACCGCGCGGGUCUUCUGCCCCCACUGCCUCAAGGUGAUUAUAGUUUACUCGGACGGCUGUGAAUUGACAUCAAACAUUCUACUGUACAUAGAUCAUUUGAAACAGCACGAAGAGAAAAUAGACAUACGAUGCUCCAGAUGCGUGCUCAAAUUUGUACAUCUAGGCCAACUGAAGGAACACCAGGUCCGUGACCACCACACUGUAGAGGACGCAGCGCCAUUAUGCUCAGGAGAACAUUUGAUUAAUAAGCCCAAGAACAAAGCUCGUCCCCCUGUGAAGGAUUCCACCAGCCACACCAUCAGCGAGACGUACGAGGAAAUGACGCUCGUUCUGCCAGAAGGCAUGAUCUGCAGGGAAUGUGACACUUCCUUAGAAAGAGAUAAACAUUUCCUUGGAACGUCGCAUUGCACCAAGUGCCCGUACGCGAGCUCGUGUUACCGCGCGAUGCUGCGCCACAGCUGCUACUGCGCCGGCCCGCACUCGCUCGAGGACGCCCCGCGCCGCGCCUACCGCACGCACUGCGUCUGCGGAUAUCAGACCGACGUCGGCACGGACAUGCUGACGCACCUGCUGAUGUGCGCGCACAAGACCGCGUACAGCUCCGAGGAGGAGGCGCGCGCCAACACCGUGGGCGCAGCCGAGCCCGCCUCCCCGCCGCCCGCCGCCCCGCACCCCGCCCCGCACCCCGCCCCGACACCAGACGACGAGCCCGCAGACACCGCGGUUGAAAGCGUACCGGCCAUUGCGGACUACGCCCCGCCGUCCGUACUCAACACGCAGCUGUCAUUGGACGACUUGGCUCCACCUUCUGUACUACAACCAGACCAGCAUGAUCAAGAGCUACUAAAAGAUGAGUACGACCGUCCGCUGGCAACGCCGCGCCACGAAGAUCCUCACUACAGCCUCGGGGACUUCGAGCCGCUGCCACAGGAGCCCCCGCCGCAGCCUGACUUCGAACAACUCUAAAUUACGAUAGCAUGCACCCGACGCCACAAACUAAUUGAAGUAAAUACUGCUUGUAUCUUGUCUGUUUGUUUUUAACUUAAGAUAUUUAAGUAAGUGAAGUUCGGCCUUUUUUUAUGUGAUAUUAUCUGAGUAAACAGAUACUCUACCACUUUUUAAUUCUAAUUCAAUUUCCAAUUUAUUUUUUAGGUAAUGAAAUUUAUUAUAUUAUAAAGCAUGCAAAUGUUAUUUUAAGAUAAAGAUGUUUUUUUUAUUUACUAACCAAGCAGUCGAUAAUAUACAAGAUUAGAGUAAGAAAUUAUGGUGUAGUAUUAAAAUAUAUAAACUAAUGGUCAUAUAUGUAAAAGAUUAAUAAAUAAUAUGUAUAUG